AAUCCGCUGCAUUUGAGGAAAGCUCAAUUGUCUUCACUCAUCCAAUUAUUCCGAUACUUCUGGAUUUAUUUCAUUUCGAUAAAGCUGUUAAGGUCACCCACAAUGAUCUACAUAUUGUGAUUGAUAAGAACAAAUAUGAAGUGUACAUUUCUGGUCCAAAAGAAUAUGUUGAUAAGAUUCAUCACAUUCUGACUGCAGAAGAUGAAAAGGUAAAAUUAAGCACAUUUUUCUCAUUUCUAAACUGAACUGUGUUGUCAACUAUGGAUAAAGUUGCUUUGUUUAAAAUACAAAACGAUUUGUAUUUUUAAAUAGAAUAGAUCUGAAAUAUUUCAAUUUAUAAAGUUAAUCCAUAGUCUACUAAUAUCAUUAGGUAUAUGUAAGGAAUAGAAUAGAUUGCUAUUUAUCAAUAACUUUUUUAAGGUCAGUAAAAGGAUCUAAUCAACAGCUUCAUUAUUUUAUUUAAGUUUAAGAACACAUCAUUCUUUACACCAAGGGGUCUCAAAGUCAAAUCAUCCAUGGGCCGCAAGAGGUAGAGUCUGAGUUAGACUGGGCCGCAUCAAGUAAUCCACACAAAAAAAGCGAAUACCCAUUCAAUAAUGUACAACUGUUACAAUCUGCUCAAUCUUUACUAAUGGCGAAUAAAUGAAACCAUGAAGGGUCUCAAAAACUAGGCUUCCCUUUCUUCCACCUUCUCCUUGUGGCCAGAGACCUGGCAGCGCGUCUUCUUGCACAGCUGAGCAACAUUUGGCUUGAGUGAGGAAGCAACUGAGGCCCUAAGUAUAGCUUGUAGACGCUCAUCAGUAAGUUUGGCCCUGAAAUUUGACUUGUUAAAGUUCAUAGUGGAAAAGUACUUUUCACACCGAUAUGCAUUCCUAAAAAGGCACACAAUCCGCUUGAACAACUUGGAAAUCUCAGGAAAUGUGGAGGGCAAUGCUCUCAUAAAUUUUCCAAGCUUGUCGGUUUUUCCAUUCACCCUACUGAACUUAGCCUUAAGUUCAGAAUUGCACUGAAGAUCAAUCAGCUCCAUUUGAUGCGCAAGUUGUGUGUGGGUGGGAGGGUAUCUUCCUUAUUGGAGGAGAAAGGGUCAGCAAAAUGGGAAAAGUGGCUCUCUGAGUUGUGAAUCCAGCAAACCUGUGAUAAUUUCUUCCUGUAGCUUUGCAAUGGCAUCAGUAUACUUACUACUAAGUUACUACUUAAUGGUGUGCUCGAGUCCAUGAGUAAUUUGCAUGUUGGGAAAUGGCAGAGGUUUUAUAUGAGAAAGCUGGGCUUUCCAUAGCACAAGCUUUGUGCAGAAUGACAUUGUCAUAGUCAUAGGCAACACUGACAAGCUGCCCCUGGCCUUGUAACUUCUUGUUGAGUACAUUCAGCUCCUGUGUAAUGUCAACAAGAAAAGCCAAGUCCAUGAGUCAUAUGGAAUCACUUCGUACAGGAACUACACCCCCACCCCAUCCUUCUCUAUGAAGUCUUUGAUUUCUGCUUUCAACUCAAGAAAACCUUUUCAAAAUGUUUCCCCUGCUAAGCCAACUUUAGUCCGAUUUUAAAAAGGUUUUUACCAUUAUAAUCAAAGUCCAAACUUAUACAAACUAAAAUAAAGACAUAUAUUAGUCGGUGAGAUUAGACUGAAACCGUUCACAUUAUAGAGAUGAGACUGGGGCAAACGCGCGGGCCGCAUUAACACUAAACUUUGCUGUCAGGUAGUGGGCCGCAAAAUAUCGUCUUGUGGGUCGCAAAUGGCCCACGGGCCGCAAGUUUGAGACGCCUGCUUUACACUAUACAUUCAUUUUAAAAAAAAUCUGGAUUGCUUUCUCCCCCUUAAACUUAACAUAUGAUAUGGUUUAAAGAACACUAUGUUGGCUUGUCUGCGAUUCACAAAAUGUAUUGUAACUUUUCCAUGACCUUUUUGUUGAUGGUAUCAAAUAUAAACAUCAAUUUUUGUAAUAUUCCAGAUUACCAGCUCAGAUGAAUAUUUGGAGUUUUUUAGAGAUAAAAAUGUUAAAAAGCAAGUGAGAGCUAAAAACACUAAAAUUGAUCUAAGUUUAUGCAAGAUGCCUGCAAUAUCUAUCGAAGAUGAAGUCAACAAAAGGGUAAAUACUGUUUAACAUUUAUAAUAUAAUUCUUUUUUUAUAUUAGUAGUAGUAAUAGUCAUGAUGACAUUUAGACUGCACUUAAAGAGGGUAAACAAAAAAGGAAAUACCAGAAUCAAAUUUGACCUUGAAAAGCUGAAGGAUCCUAAAGUAGCAUAAGCCUUCCAACCAAUAAUAGGAGGAAAAUUUGCAGCGCUUAACAUCAUGGAUGCUGACUGUUCAGACAUGGACACACUGAUUGAUAACUUCAAAAUAGCUGUAAUGGAAACAGCUCACGACAUCCAUGGUAAACAUCGACCAACCCGAAAACCAUGGGUGACAGCUGAUAUAAUAAUAAUAAUAAAGUUCAUUUCAAAAACACGCUUCAUCCGCAAAGGCUCGAAGCGCGGUACAAAGUCAACAAAAAACAAAUCUAUAGUUUACCACAUUUAAAACAAACGCAACACUACAAAAACUAAGUACAAGCAUACAAUGGCAAAGUCUUUCUAGCCAUUUCAACCAUAAGCAACACAGCCAUUAUGCAUUAACUGGAAAAUAAUGUUGACAAUCAUCCCAGAAGGUGUUUGCGAAAUAGAUGUGUCUUUAAAUCGGUUUUAAAGGACUCCAGUGUCUGGUUGUUUCUGAGAUCGACAGGAAGGGCAUUCCAAAUUGUUGGACCAGCAAAUGCAAAAGUGCGCUUUCCGUAAGUCUCAAGGCAAACACGUGGUGUCGAGAGUUUGCCACUAUCGGAUGAGCGGAGCUCUCUAGUGGGUACAUAAGGCGUCAGCAGCUCUUUCAGAUAGGACGGCGCCAGAUCAUGUAAGCAGCGGUAGCACAAAGUUGCGAUUUUGUACUCCAUGCGAGCACGGACCGGCAGCCAGUGCAGCUCUCUCAGAAGUGUUUUUGCAUGAUCAAACUUGCGUUUGCGGAGAACAAUGCGAGCCGCAUUAUUCUGUGCUAUUUGAAUUUUAUCCAGGAGCGUAGCUGGAAGACCCACCAUAAGAGCAUUGCAAUAGUCCAUGUGUGAUAGCACAAAUGCAGACAUCAGCCUCUUUGUUGCAUCAAUUGUUAGGAAGGGCCUUGAUCUGUGUGAUAAACGGAGGAAAGAAAACAAAAAUAGUAAAUACAGAGCGGGCCAUUAAAUAUAGGACAGUUAACCAAGCCAUCAAAAAAGGUAUGAAAAGGGCAAAGAAGAAAUGGAUUGAAGAGCAAUGCUACGACAUUAAAAACUGCUUGAAGAAAAACAAUAGCAAAAAAGCUUACCAGUUGGUGAAAGAACUAACCACUGCAAAACAAGGGCGUAGUACUACCACACAGGAUAAAAAAGGUAAAUGUUUGACCGAAGAAAAUGAUAUCAUCAAACGAUGGACUGAAUACUGUUCAGAACUUUAUAAUGAAAGUAUAAAGAUAGACCCAGAGAUCCUUAAUGUCCCUCCAGCAACAGACAAUGAUAACUACCCUAUUCUCCGCGCAGAAGUAGAAGCAGCAGUCCAGGCACUCCAAACAGGAAAGGCCGCAGGUGUGGAUAAUAUCCCUGCCGAGUUGAAGAAACAAGGAGGAGAAGCAAUGAUAAGUGCCCUAUUCAAUAUUUGUAACAAAAUCUGGCUUACAGGAGAAAAGCCCAAACCAUGGACCCAAUCGCUCAUCGUCACCCUCCCCAAAAAAGUAACCUACAGCUAUGCCAAAACUAUCGCACAAUUAGCCUAAUAAGCCAUCCAACCAAGGUCAUGCUGAAGGUCAUAUUGAACUGACGAAAAACCAUAUGCCGACAGAAUCAUUACUGAAGAACAGGCGGGUUUCAGACAAGGACUGGUCACUACUGAGCAGAUUCUAAACCGAAUACUAUGUGAGAAAUAUGCUCAACACCAACAAAACCUAUACCACGUCUUUGUUGACUUCAAGAGAGCAUUUAACAGAGUUUGGCAUACUGCUUUAUGGGCCACCAUGAGGCACUACAACAUCAACACAAACCUAACCAGCCUGAUAUGCAACCUCUAUGAUAAGGCCACCAGUGCAGUCUUCCUCAACAAUAACAUAGGAGAAUGGUUUAAGACCUCAAUUGGAGUACGACAAGGCUGCCUGCUCUCCCCCACCCUAUUCAACAUCUUCCUAGAGAGAAUUAUGUCAGAUGCUCUGGAAGCGCAUGAAGAGACAGUCAGCAUUGGUGGCAGAACAAUCACCAACCUACGCUUUGCGGACGGCAUAGACGGACUGGCUGGGAACGAAGAAGAGCUAGCCAACCUGGUAAAGUGUCCCGACAAGACCUCGUCGUCCUACAGCAUGCUAAUCAGUGCUGAUGACAAAUAAUACCGCAGACAUCACCACUGAAAUUAAGGUCGGGGAGGCAAGAUUAGAGACUGUCGGCCGCUUCAAAUACCUAGGAGCAAUAGUCUCAGAAGAAGGCUCCAAGCCCGAACUGUUGUCCAGGAUUGCGCAGACUACAACAGCACUAAAGAAGCUCAAGAAAAUAUGGAAUGACAAAAAUAUAGCCCCCAGCACCAAAAUCAGGCUGAUGCGCUCAUUAGUCCUCUCCAUUAUCCUGUAUGCCUGCGAAUCCUGGACAUUUACAGCCGAUCUUGAAAGGAAAAUAAAGGCGAUGGAGAUGCUUCAGAAGCAUUUUUGGCAUCGGCUAUAAGGACCGUAUCUCCAAUGAUAUAGUGAAAGAAAGGGUUCAUCAGGCAAUUGGGCAAUACGAUGACCUUCUGGUGACUGUGAAAAAACGCAAACUACAAUGGCACGGCCACGUAACGAGGAAACAAGGGCUUGCCAAAGAAAUAUUGCAGGGCACCACAAGAGGAGUGAGAAGAAGAGGAAGACAAAGAAAAAGAUGGGAGGAUAACAUCAAAGAGUGGACAGGACUAACACUGGGCGAUAUAACACUUCUGCGUAGUGCAGAAGACAGAGAGGAAUGGAGGAGGAUGGUUCACAUGUCAUCUGUGGCGCCCCAACGGUCCAAGGACUAAGGGACAUGAGGAGAUGAGGAGGAGGAGUAAUAAUAUUAGUAAUUUAGUGAUCUGAACAAAUUUACACAUUAAAUGAUUAUUUAUCAGUUUGAUUGGCAUCAGGUCGGGAACUAAUUUCUGUUGCAAUGAUGUUCUAUAUUAAGUUUAAAAUUCACAGUUGUUGAACCUUCUAUUGUAAAGUUUAUUAUAAGUUACUCAAACAUAAUUAAUAAUAAUAUAAAUUAGAACAGUAGUGAAAUUCUGAGACAAUGUCAGGGAGCAGGGAGGGAAAACAAAUCUAAAGAAAUCAAAACAUAUUGUACUUAUGAAAUUAUUUAAAGUAAAGAAAUUUUUAGCACAGCUGUGUAUUUGAUAAUGAAUCAGGAUAAAAUAUGUAAUUUAGCUAUUUUCUCUAACGAAAACACUGUUACCAUUUUGUUUUACUUUUAUUACAGAUGAUGUCUAUAGAUGAUUAUUUAUCUACCGCAAUUGUGAGAAAAGUUUGUGGGAAAUUUUUUCAGGAAAGUUAUGAAAAAAGCAUCGAAUAUAGAACAUUUGUUGAAUCUCUUCACUCUCAAUAUCCAACUUUCAAAAUUUUUGUCAAAGACAGAUUUAUUAUCCUUUAUGGGUUUACUGAAAAUGAGCCUUUUCAAGAUCUAUUGAUUUCUGAUAUCAGAAGUGUUUGGGGCCAUAAAGUCAUGUGGUCACAGGAAAUGCAAGGUGCAUAUUCGUUUAACGAAGGCUCUUAUUGGGACAGUCUGUCGAAAAGAUCAAGGACACCAAGUGAUACAAAGAAGACAUUGAUGCCGAGUGAUACAAAGAAGACAUUGAUACCGAGUGCUACAGAAAAGGCAUUUGGAAAAGAAUCAGGAAGCCUUAAGGAUGUCCUUCAAGCUAAUGGAGUAGAAAAUACAACUGUCUUACCAUUAACAGCAUUGGAGCGUGAAUUCUGCAUUAGAUUUCUGAAGGACAAGCUCAUGACCUUGGAG